AUGGCGUACUUCGGAGGUCUUACGCGCAUUAUUGCUUGCGCGGCCCUUGCCAAUCACGCCGUAGCAGGUCUGACGACAGGCUACAAAACUAUUGCGUCGCAGUUCAGCAACCAUACAAUACGAGUCAAAAGCUGGUCGGCUGAUGACACGCUUCUCUGUAGUGGAGGAGCAAGGCACCACACUGGCUGGGCAGACAUUGGUGACAGCCAUCUGUUCUUCUGGCUUCAUGAAUCCAGGGGCCUAAUUAAAGAUGCGCCCUUGCUGAUAUGGUUUCAGGGAGGGCCUGGCGGCAGCUCUCUGCACGGCAUGCUAUACGAGAAUGGGCCUUGCCUUAGUGAUGGCUCCGAUGGGACGAAGUUCAAUCCUUAUUCCUGGACAGAGCAUUUCAACGUCAUCUACCUUGACCAACCCGCUGGUGUCGGCUUGUCAUACGUUGGAAACGUUUCUGAUGAAGCGUCGUACCCUUCACGCUCUGACGAGUCGUCUUUUGACGCUGUCAGCUUCAUCAAAUUGAUCUAUGAAGCGUUCCCGGAGUUUUCUGGCAUCGACCUGCAUUUGACCGGUGAGUCAUACGCCGGACGUUACAUCCCUUCAAUAGCAUCCACCAUCCUUGAUUACAACGACUUCCUUACAUCAGCACCCGACUCCACAGCGGCACUGUCCACUAUUCCGUUAAGGUCGCUGAUGCUGGGAAACCCAUGGAUCAGCCCCGCAGAACAACUAUCGUCGAUGUAUGAUGUGUCCUGUUUUCCAUACAGAGAGCAAUUUGGACCUCAUUUGGACACUCACGAUUGCUCAAAGGUCCUGAAAGUUGUAGAUAGAUGCGAAGCCGUCUCGCGGGCGUGUGCUUUGGGCAACUCUGACCAGGUCCUCUGCGCUCAUCCCAAAGAUUUGUGUCAAGACGAAUUAGUUGGCAUCUUUGCGAACGUGAGCAGAAGUUACUAUGACAGAAGGCUUCGAGAUUGUCCAGGUCCGCAGGACUGCUAUCCGGACAUUGAAAACAUCGCCCGAUUCCUCAAUUCAGACAAGGUCUUGCAGCAUCACCUUGAGGUCUCGAACCAAACAGGGGGCCGCAAGAAGCAAUGGGACAUGACAAGCCCACUCAUUGAGAAGAGAUAUUUUGCUUCCGGCGACUUCUAUACUCCUGGAAUCGUGGAUCUGAAGAAGGUUCUUGAUCACUCCCGAAAGCCUGGCAGCUCAAAUCACGCAAGAGCUGUGGAUAUCUUGGUGUAUGUUGGCGUGGCGGAUAUCAUGUGUAACGCAGAUGGUGUAUUGGGGAGCCUGCAGCAGAUAAAAUGGGACGGCCGUACCCAAUUCAGGGCGAUUCCUUGGAAAGAACUUUCAUGGACCGCAUCCAGCGGUGGCCGAGGAGGAAGAAUGAAGGGAGUCCCCGGUCUCUGGCUGGCAGAAAUCGAAGAAGCAGGGCAUAUGGUGCCUCAUGACCAGCCUACCUCUUCACUGAGGCUGAUCGAAACGUGGUUGGAACAUCUUGAAGCAGCAUCCGCCAUUGCAUCCAACCAAAAUAUUAUCGGAGACUGGCCCAAAACUGGGCAUGAUGGAAGCUUUCUCAACAGGCAAAUGUCACAAGCAGUGCUUGGUAAGACAAAUGGAAAGAUUUGA